UGGACUAUAUCUCCAAUGAUGCAAUAACUUGUGCCCUUUUAGCAAUUUUUUUUUUGGGUGGUCCUGUUUCAUAAUUAUAGGAAAGUAUGAAUCUGGCGUUAAGGAAAUUUUCUUUGUUGGUUUGGUUGUUUUCUGAUGUGGGAUUGUUGAGCGUUUGUAGUUUUUCUUGAAACAAGUUGAAAAAUAUCUUCUUUUUCAGUGAAUGCUGGUGUUAUUAGGGACCAUUUUGAGGGAAUUUCAGAUAGUCGUGGGAAGUUGUGUUGUUAAGGAAGGAAGAAUCUGAUGUUGAAAUUUAUAUCACUAGAGGAAGGAAUGCUGGUGGUGGAAGAGGCCAUUGUGAAGGCCAAGAAGAAAAUGGAAGGGUACGAAAUGAAGUUCACUGGAGAGGAAUACCAGAGAUUCUAUGAAUGUGUGUAUUUCAUGUGUACUUCCCGUGGUUCCGAUGAGAAGGCAGCACGGAUCUAUGAGCGAUAUAAGAGCUGCCUGGAGGAAAGCAUCCAUAUGGUGUUGCCAUCGCUUACAAGCAAAACUGAUGUAAAUUUGUUGAGGGAAGUUGUGCGAGUCUGGUCCAAUUACAAGGCAAUGGCAAGGUGGCUAUGCCGAUUUUUUGAAUACCUUGACCGCUACUUCAUCCCUCAAAAGAAAGAACUUCCAAAACUUGAUAAACUCUCUGUUAAAGUCUUUCAAGAAUUGGUCUUUAAGAAUUUGUAUUCUGAAAUCCAGGCCGCUGUAUUAUCAUUGAUCAAGCAGGAACGUGAAGGGUUGCAGAUUGAUCAGGACCUGCUGAAGAAUGUCAUCUUUAUUAUUUCAGAAAUUGAUAACUGUGGAGAAAUAAAAUAUUAUUUGAAUUUUGAGCAUGUUAUGCUUUAUGAAAGCUCUUCAUACUACGCUCAACUAAGUUCAGAGUGGCUUUUGUCUGAUUCAUAUUCUGACUAUGUGAAAAAGGCCUUAUGGUGCUUGAGUCAGGAAGAAAAAAGAGCUAGUCAGUACCUGUAUCCUAACACCGGAGUUACGUUGCUGCAGGUUGUCAAAUUCAGAUUGCUGAUUGAACCUGGACACAAGCUGGCUGAAAAGAAGCAAGCUGAAAAAAGUGGCUUCGUGACGGAGUUUCAGAUGGACUUAGAGCAGCUUCACUUCAGUACAUUCUCGCCUGUUAUCUUGUUUCUGCUUGAGUUUUCUUCCACGGAACUGGUACUUGUCGAUCAUUUGCAGGCAGUAUUAUCAAAAUGUGCCAACUUGAACCUCGAAGGGGAAAGUUCAGCAUCAACACCAGAAGAAUGGAUGUCUGCUGUUAUGGGAAAGGAAACUAAUAUACUCUAAUUGAGGCUUGCUCUCUCGGAUGUUCGUGUAAACCAUUUAGAAUCAUACACUUGGUGAAAGAAAGAUCUGUAUGUGCAGUUCACUGAUUGACUAAAGUUGGAUUUCCAAGCUUAUUACUGUUUAACCAUCCGACUCAGAAGAUUUGUACCCAUUUAUGUAUUGAUUAUGUUAGGUAUGGUACUCUGCGGAGACUCUUAAAUGUGAACUUGAAAGUUAACAUAAUCACAUGUUUGAAUUUAAAAAGU